AUGAAGAGAGAAGUAUUACAAAGACGAGAUUACGAAGAAAAGAAAGUACAACUUGAAACGCUGAGAAAUUCCAUAAAUCCCAGAUCAGUAGAGGAUCGCGACUCGCAACAAGAUCAGUCUUAUUCUCAUCAACUUGACAUUAUUGCUAUUUAUAAUACUACCUUCGUCUCGAAAUUGCAAUUCCAUAAAGUUGCAUCACGAUGGAUCGAUCAAUAA